CUUUCAUAUUGGAGACCUCCCCAUCAACCUCUUCUACACUCGGGAGCAUCAACAUCUCACUUACACCCCCUUCCACCAUACUCUAUCACCCUUCGAAUUCAAUUGGGCAUCCCAAUACCUAGAUUGUCCGACGCCAUGUCUUCUCCAUUGGGCGCAAUCCGGAUCCGCAAGAAGAAGAACGUGAAGAAAGGUAUCCAAUUCAGCAUUGCUGUCGUGGGCGCAUCUGGCUCCGGCCGAACAACUUUCGUCAACACUCUCUGCGGCAAGAAGGUGCUUCCUGGCAAGGAUGAUGAUGAUGCAGCGAAUGCGCAUAUCGAGGAAGGCGUCAAAAUCAAGCCAAUCACUGUCGAACUCGAGUUGGACGAAGAGGGAACGCGUAUUUCUCUGACUGUUGUCGAUACGCCCGGUUUCGGAGAUCAAAUUGACAACGAGGCGAGCUUCGGCGAGAUUGUUGGCUACCUCGAGCGACAGUACGAUGACAUUCUUGCGGAGGAGUCGCGCAUUAAGCGUAACCCACGAUUCCGCGACAAUCGUGUUCAUGCUCUUCUCUACUUUAUUACUCCUACAGGACACGGACUCCGUGAACUAGAUAUCGAACUCAUGAAGCGACUUUCACCAAGAGUCAAUGUGAUCCCUGUCAUCGGGAAAGCCGACUCUCUCACGCCCGCUGAGUUGGCUGAAUCCAAGAAGCUUGUCAUGGAGGAUAUCGAGCACUAUCGCAUUCCUGUGUACAACUUCCCUUAUGACAUCGAGGAGGACGAUGAGGAUACUGUCGAAGAAAAUGCUGAGCUCCGAGGUCUCAUGCCGUUCGCUAUUGUCGGCUCCGAGGAAGUUGUCGAGAUCGGUGGUCGCAAAGUUAGAGCCAGACAGUACCCAUGGGGUGUUGUAGAGGUCGACAACCCCAGGCACUCCGACUUCCUUGCUAUCCGUAGUGCUCUUCUGCACAGUCACUUGGCGGAUCUGAAGGAGAUUACCCAUGACUUCCUUUACGAAAAUUACCGUACCGAGAAGCUCAGCAAGAGCGUUGAUGGCGGCGCUGGAGCGGACUCUUCUAUGAACCCCGAGGAUCUUGCCUCGCAAUCUGUCAGGCUCAAGGAGGAGCAGCUCCGCAGAGAGGAGGAGAAGCUGCGCGAGAUCGAGAUCAAGGUGCAGCGCGAGAUCAACGAGAAGAGACAAGAGCUUUUGGCCCGCGAGAGCCAACUGAAGGAGAUUGAAGCAAGGAUGCACCGCGAACAGACUGCGCAUCUCGAGGCCACGAAUGGUCACGCCGAGGAGUGAGGUGCUAAAAUUAUUCCAUUGCCGCUUUGUCAAUAUUACUCUGGGACGAUGCUUCCCGACCGCCGAGCGAUACCUCUGUGUGGAUUGUUUUCGCAUGGGAGAGGUAUUUUUUUGUACUCUCAAAACUCAUGUAGCUUUUCUUUCAGUUUCUAUUUUGCAAACACGGAGACUCUCGGUUAAGCUACCCUCAGUCUGUUACUAAUAUGCUACGAAUGUUGAACGAUGGUGUUGUACUAUGUAAGAGUGUUAUUCAUGAAAAUCUUC